GAGUUGUUGUGAAAUAAUAACAACAUCAACAUCGAAUAAUUUUUCCCCUUGCUACGGCUGAAAGAAAUAGUGUUGAUUGGCGACUUUAAUCCCAAAUUAGAAUUUCUAAUUCAGUAAGCGGAACGUUUUUACAGUGCAUCCUGGUUCAAACAAGUUCGCUAGCAUGGCCUCAGUUGCGAAUUCCAUGUUCCAGCGGAUUGCUCGAUACUGUGAGUUAGCAGCGAGCCAGCAACUCCUUUGCCUCCCCUCAGCCGGGGGGGCCGAGGACACUGACGACGACACGGGCGCAACGAGUUGUGGGGAGGAGAACGACGAUGACGACACUGCGACGCUGUGGGUGAAAACGAGCAUGGAGCGACUCGAGCACUUUAUGCAAACUCAAAAAUACUCUCACUACAUAUCAUCCCCCGUUCACCUUGAGGAGUACGCCAACAACAUGAUUGUGGAACAAAUGUUGAUGUCAGAGGUUGUCAAAGACCUAGCCACCGAGUUGCGGAAUGACUAUCUAGAGAUGGAGUCGGAAAUUCCACUUCGUAAUUCUACUAACUCUGCUUCAACUAAAGCAUUUGGUAGGGCGUCGAGAGGUGAUGCAUUUUUUAGUGAAAGUUCGUCUAAUUCUUCUGCUGAUCCUGACAAACAGCAAGAAAGAUCAACCCUCUUAUCGGAAUGUGAGAGUAGGAAGAGGACAAAUAAAGCAAGCUAUCAAAAUGAACAACCUUUAAGUUUUUCUCCUAGUGUCAAGGAUUACUUCAGUAAUGAAAUCCCAGGACGUGUAAAUACUGCAGCAGAUACAGAGCAAAGUACGUGUCCCAAUAAAGUUUCAGGUGUCCGCAGCGAUACACAAAAGGCUUCUAGUGCAGCUACAUCGAAAGAUCCUGCAAAUGAUGAUUUUCCGCCUUCAAGUCUAGGAAAUUUCGUUCGACAAGGUAUGGACCCAGUUCGUGUGGCUGAUAGAAAGUACCAAAUUCAGGAUGAUGCAGUAAAUGCAUUUUUAAGUGAGAGAAAAAAUCAGCAGGUUAUUGACUCUGCAGUGAGAAAUCCCAAUUUGGUUGACAAAUCUCGAGAGUUUUUGAUUGAAGUAACUGUAUAUGGACAAGCUGAUAGUGAUGACUCAUCCGGAAUUGAGCAAUACUCGUCUUUUGCAACUUAUAAAGUAGAAGUUCUUGGGAGUCAAACCUUGGCUGAUCUCAGAGAUGCAUUACUCUGCGACAAUGACUUUAUAUUUACAAAGGAAUUGGAACAUCCUGGUGACCAACAAAACUUGAAUGAAUUGGCAAAGAAUAAGCUGCUAUCAGCCAUGUUAUUAAUUGAUAACACCAUUUACAAUGACAACCGAUUCCGCAACAACUUUGACUAUGCAUCACAAAUAAUACGUUGGACCCGAUUGCAACCGAUUAAAAAAGCUGGCCCAUUUAAACGAGGAGAUAUGAGUAUUACCAAAUUGAAAAACCUGACAAUCCAGUUUGGAUUUCCAUACUUAUUCAGACAUUUAGGUGACUGUGAACAUGUUAUUGUGUUCAAUAAGGCUAGGCUUCUAACAGAUGAUGAUGAACACCGUGUAUCACACUUUCCUCGAAUAUCAUGGAUUUCCGACAUGAGGCCAAAAUUGUGUAGAAUUGACAAUAAAUUCAUUGCCACAUGGGCGGUACUUGACUACGAAUUUUUCCCUGAGAGUCCUAUGCUAGUUUGCACUGAUUGCCUGAAAGAAUUUUGUUACACUAAGAAUGCCAAACGUGGACCAUUUCGUCUCUUCCCGUAUCUUCAAUUAAUUUGUGAAAUUCCUUUGUGUUCUGAACAAGUUUCAAAAUCAAUUAAAAUGCCAUAAAAAUGAAUAAAAUAAUUUCGAUAACAUCUUUA